AUGGAGCACAAAGCCGCCGACGUGACCACGCUCAAGGUCAAGCAACUCAAGGCCCUCAUCCAGGCCGCGGGCCUCUCGCACGCGGACUGCUUCGAGAAGAGCGACCUCCGCGCGCGCGCGACGCAAGCACAGGCCAAGCUAGCAGCGGCGCCGGCGCCGAAGCCGAAGAAAAAGAGCCUCAUCGGACGCUGCGUAGGAGGCGGCCGCGGGGGGCGCUGCGAUGGAGGACUGAUUGCGCUAGGCCCUGGGUUUUGGUUUAAGUUUUUCUAUUCGUGCUGGGCCUGAGGGCGCGCCGCGACGGGGCCCACGCGGCGGCCUGCGCGUACCUCGCGCAGGCCGCGAUGCACUUCCCGCCCGACGACCUCCAGAAGGUCGUCGCGACCUGGCUUCUCGCCGACUGCCUAACGAGCUGCGGCGGCGCCGUCGAGGUGGGCUCGGUCCGGGCCGUCGCGGCCGCGGCCAUCAACGUCGAGGCCAAGUUCAGAGAAGGCGCCUUCGGCGCGGCGGUCGGCAUCGAGCACCUCCCGCCGCGCGGCCGCGUCCGCGCGCUCCUCCGCAAGACGUCGGCCCUCGCCGACGACGCCGCGCUGCCCGGGCCAGCGAUCGAGGGUGCCGGCGCCAUGAUGCGGACGGCGGGCGGCGGCAAGGUCGUCGCGGGCCUGAUCGACGGCAAGAACGCGCCGCCGCCCGGCACGGUCGACCUGCUCUCCCGCCUCGGGCAAGUUGACAUAUCCUAGGGUCAUUCCGAUCUCGUCAUAAAUAUACAUCUUUCGUGAAGCAUCGAAGGCUUGCUAGUGUCUACAUAUACCGCUAGCACCCUGUUUUUUAGCCAUUUUGGACAGGCCAGCCGCCUUACAGAUCGCAUACCUAAGCAAAAGUCUGGCAACAUGGCAGCGAUCGUCGAUAGAAGUGCUGCCGCGGACUUCGCCAUGCCGUGCACCUGCGAGCGCUGUGCCCCACAGACCGCAGACCUGAGACCGCCCACGCAAGACGAGCGCCGGCGCUUCCUAGAGGCGAGUAGUGGUGAUGCUGGCAAAGCAGCACACCUCUUAACGAAAACCCUGGUCUGGCGCCGCGACAACAACAUCGACGCGCUCACAAAGCUCGCGCGGGACGGCCCCGCGACGGAAGAAGACCGGGAGGAGCUCGCCAACGAGGCAAAAGUAGACGCGCUCUACCCCUGCGCGCUCCUGCCGACGGGUUAUGACGGCACGUGCCUCCAGGUCCAGAUGCUCGGGCGCGCGGACGUCGGCGGCCUCCUCGACGAUGUCGGCGAGGAGCGAGCUUUAAGAGCGUCGACGCUCCGCAACGAGCGCGCGCUGCUCCUGGGCAAGAGAGUAUUAGUGCUCGACAUGGAGGGCCUCUCCCCAUCGACGCUGCGGGGCCUGCCGACGUUCAAGCGGCUUAUUGAUAUAAUGCAGCGGCACUACCCCGGCAGCGUCGCGUCGAUACUGGUCGUGAACUGCCCUUUAUUGGUCUGGACGGCCUACAAGGUCGUGCAGCCCUGGCUCGCGCCGGAGACGGCGGCGCGCGUCGCGCUCUUCUCGUGGCGCGAGGCGCCCGAUUUUGGAGAUCUUGUGGCGCAUGAGUGCCUGCCGGCGCGCUACGGCGGGGCGCGGGCGUGCCCGCGGCUCGACGAGCUGUGUGCUGCGCGCGACGCGGCUUAG